AUGACGACGGCGGGCGAACAAACGAUAUGGCGUGAGCUGGGGUGCGGGGCGAUUGCCGGCAUCGUCGUCGAUUUCGGGCUGUUCCCGUUGGACACGCUGAAGACGCGCCUUCAAAGUGCCCAGGGAUUCACGGCCGCCGGCGGGUUUCGCCAUCUUUAUCGGGGAAUCGGCUCGUUGGCGAUUGGAUCUGCGCCCGGAUCGGCCAUCUUUUUCGUCACCUAUCGACAGGCACAGAAAUGGGGUGGCAAUGGCGUGUUGACGGACAUCUACUCGGCGUGCCUGGGUGAACUGUGCGCGUGUACAAUUCGAGUGCCCACCGAGCUUGUCAAGCAACGAAUGCAGGCAUCAGCCGGAAAGGCGUCCCUCCCCUCUACAAUUCGGCAAAUCAUCCAAUCUGACGGUCUGAGGGGGUUGUAUCGAGGAUUCGGAAGUACUGUGGCCCGCGAGAUCCCCUUCGCCUUCAUCCAAUAUCCACUCUGGGAGGCGUUGAAGCGCUGCAGGACCAAAGAGGGCCAUCGACUAUCCCCACUGGAAGGGGCAGCAUGUGGAAGUGUGGCUGGUCUCUUCACAGCAGCCAUCACAACUCCCCUUGAUGUCGUCAAGACUCAAAUUAUGCUCAACAAAGACUCUACACCACCCACCGUACGGCACACCAUGCAAAAGAUCUACGCGGCACGUGGCGUGGCGGGACUGUUCGCUGGUGUCGUCCCGCGUACCUUCUGGAUCUCGUUGGGCGGCUUCGUGUUCUUCGGCGCCUACGAGACGGCCAAAUACGCAAUGUCAUGGCGCAUCGAUUUU